GACAACGCGGCUGGCAUCUACUUUUCUCCAACAUUUGUAUUAGAAUCGAUUGGGAAUUUCACUAUUCAAACUCCACUGCUAUGUUCCGAAAUAUUUCUUGUGAUUUCGGUCUGCGUGCAGUGUACUGACGUAAAGCCACCACACUUGCGCGUUUACAAGUCGUUUGUAGAGAACAAAGGCAUGCAUUGAAGCAUGCCGAUAACGGCCAUUUUUGUAUUUCUCUGUUCGUGACUUGUGUGCAUGGCAAACCUUAGCAAUAUCAAAUCCUUUCGCGCGUCGGUUCUCUCGGCUCGGAGUAACAGAAAUUAUUUUCAAAGAUCAUGGUUUGAGUGUUUUAGUAUGCGCCCUAGCAUAUAUGAAAAGAACGGUAUUUAGCCUGAAAUGGACAUCAUUCAUUUUACGAAACCGAAACUGUGUUUCUUCUUCCGCUUUUCACCUUUGAAGUGUUUUUUCGCAGACGAAAGCGCGGUGUGAUCGCUUGGAGCGUGGCUUGAAGUCAUCUCGUGACCCUCGAUACUCGAAGUUGUGGGUUGUGGCUUUGUGGGUGUGUUAUGUGAUUACCGUCGAUUUCAAACCGGAAAACGUGCCUGUUUCUGAACGUGGAGCUACAACCCGCGCGCACUAUGGAACCUUUAGAGGCUUGUCUUGCAGCGCUGCAGGAUGAGAACGUUCGGAAGCGAGCUGUUCAGGAUGCAAAGGAAUAUGCGAUCUCUCACGGUGUAUGUAUGAAGUCAAAGUCGCAUGAGCCAGAUAGCUACACGUUCGUGCCAUUCUGCCUGCUGCCGUCGCCGUACCCGCGCGAGGCCUUCCAACAAGUGAAGGCAUUGCAGGAAGAUGUCAACCUACUCAUCCAUCGCGUGGCGCAUGACUACGAGUUUCUUCGCGAUUGCCUCCAAAGUACCAUCGAGAGUGACGAGUUCACAGCCUCCAUUUUUAAUAUCUACGACAAGGUUCGCGAUGCUGGGUUUCCACAGCCACUGAGCCUGGGCCUGCUGAGGAGCGACUACAUGCUUGACCUAAAAUUAGGUGACAACAAGGGACUGCACAAGGCCUGCCCCAAACAGGUGGAGGUGAACACCAUAGCCUCCUCAUUUGGUGGCAUCUCACCUCCGCUUUACAAGCAGCAGAAGCACCUAAUGACAAACCUGGGUGUUGUGGCUACAGAAGCACAGAUGCCUGAGUGCAAGACUGACAAACUCCUCUGCAAAGGCCUGCUGGCAGCCUGGAAUGCUUACAAGAACCCAAAGGCAGCAAUCUUGUUUGUGGUGGAAGAGGAGACGUACAACGUGUGUGACCAGCGCAACCUGGAAUACGGCCUCUCCACGGGGAAUAUACCUGUCAAGGUGAUGCGCCGGAAGUUCUCCGAACUGCACGACUGCGUCAUCAAGGAGGGAAACCUCAUCGUUGAUGGUGUGGAAAUUGCUGUGGUCUAUUACCGGACAGCCUAUGCUCCGCACCAAAUGGAUGCGAAGAGCUGGGAGACACGCCUUAGGUUGGAGCUGUCUCGUGCCAUCAAGUGUCCCUCGGUGCAGUACCACUUGGCGGGCACCAAGAAGGUUCAGCAGAUGCUGGCGCAGCCGGACGUCCUCGAGCGCUUCUUCACCAACAAGGUGACCGCCGACCGCAUGAGGGCCACCUUCACGGGGCUAUACUCCCUUGACCUGACUCCAAAAGGGCACAAGGCAGCUGAGGAAGCUAUCGCAAAUCCUCACAACUAUGUGCUGAAGCCACAAAGGGAAGGUGGAGGCAACAAUGUGUACGGUGACGACGUGCGGCACAGACUGCAGGCAAUGGGUCGCACAAAGGAACGCGAGAGCUACAUUCUCAUGGACCUGAUCCAGCCACCCGUCACCCAAAACUACAUUGUGCGGCCAGGUGGCGAAGUCAGCAUGUGCAACGUCGUCAGUGAACUUGGCAUCUUCGGUGUCAUCCUUGGGGACCAAGAUGACAUCAUCGAGAACUACGAGGCAGGGCACAUCGUCCGUACAAAAAUGACUGGCAUGACCGAAGGCGGCAUCUCUGCUGGCUUUGCCUCCCUGGAUAGCGUCUUUCUAGUCUGAAUUAUCCAUUAUGCUUAUAAUGUCGCCUCAAUUUAUUUUGCUGCAUACACAGUGUAGCGAAUCUUUACAGGAUAACUACAAUAUUUUUUUACAGAUUGAUUAUAUUUCCUCUGAAAGGAAAAUCACUAUUUGAUUUCAUGCGGAUUCAUGGGAAAUAAAAAAAACACUAUUUA